GUUGUAAUGGAGGAUUUCAUGUCGACACGAAACAACUUCUAAUCUAAAAUGACAAGUCAUAAAAUUGGUGUGAACCUCAGGGUUUCUGGAAAUUGUAACCAAGGUGGUCGGAAAUAUAUGGAAGAUACCCAUUCGUUCAAAUUCUACAAAACAGACGGGAAAGAUUACGACUUUGCAUAUUUCGGAAUCUUUGAUGGACAUGGCGGAGCGGAGGCUUCUCGAUUUGCGAGAGAUAACCUUCUCGACGAAAUUAUAAAAUUUGACAGUUUCUGGAGUGAUAAUGACGAAGAUGUGUUGUGGGCCAUUAAAUCAGGAUUCUUGGACACUCAUCAUGCAAUGUGGAAAGAACUUGAUAAAUGGCCAAAAAGAUUGUCUGGUUAUCCAAGUACAGCUGGAACUACAUGUAGUGUAGCCUUUGUUAGAAACUCUAAGAUUUAUAUUGGACAUGUUGGAGAUUCAGCUAUAGUAUUAGGCUCAGAUGUUGGUAAAAAUAAUGCUAUUGUCAUGAAAGCUGACUGUUUAACUAAGGAUCACAAACCAGAAUGUCCACAUGAGAAGAAGAGAAUUGAAAGUAGCGGGGGUGAGGUUGUAGCUAAAUCAGGAGUACAGAGAGUAGUUUGGAAUCGACCGAAAUGGAACCAUAAAGGUCCGAUACGACGGAGCACACCAAUAGAUAAAAUACCAUUUCUAGCUGUGGCCAGAUCUCUAGGAGAUUUAUGGAGUUAUGAUUAUAUCACAGAAGAGUUCGUCGUAUCGCCUGAACCAGAUGUGAGUGUUCAUAAACUAGAUCCAUCGAUUCAUAAAUGUAUCAUAUUAGGAUCAGAUGGUUUGUGGAAUAUGGUGUCACCAGAAGAGGCUGUUUCCGUAGUUACAGAUUUGGAAUAUCAUUUUGAAGAUAGAGUUGUUUAUGAUCCAUCAGCAACAGUAAGCUAUUGGAUCAACCCAGCAGAAAGACUGGUAGCUCUUAGUUUAAGGAAAUGGAAAGCCCGGGGGUUACGUGCUGAUAAUACAAGUUCAAUUGUGGUGUUUAUUGACCCCCUAGGGCCCAGUCGUCUGACAAUACUUCGGAAAAAACGAGAAGAGCAUUUUGCAAAACUACGAGAAGAUAUGAGAAUUAAAGCCCUGUCGAAAGCUGCUGAGCUCGAAUUCUGACACAGGACUGGUAAAUGCAAUCAAAUCAUCUGGUUAGAACUCGUAUCAGACAUGAAUGAAAAAUGCAGCUCGUUUGUCUACUUAGGGUUAUAGCCAGACAUGACUGAAAAAUGCAGCCCAUUAGAGGCUCUCGUCAGACAUGACUAAUUGGAUCAUUUUGACUUCAAGUUCUUGUUUUUUGUUGAUGAAUAAAUCAAUUCACAAGUAAUUAUUUUUAGUUAAGGAAGAUUAUUUUUUUAAAUAAUGAACUGUAUGAUAUUGUUAAUAAAUUACAAACUUU